CUCAAACUUCCUGUUGCCUGAUGCUGCAGCAAAACCCACUCAGUGAACCUCCUUCUGACUGUUGAUCAUUUUCCAGUUUGCUUAGAAUUGCUUUGAAUUUGCAGAUGAGAACGAGCGAGCAGAAUUAAAGCGGGGGGCUCGGACAGAUCAUCCAGAGACAGAGACGCCAUCUGAAGCAUCAGCAUCAUCAGGUCUGCAGCGAAGUCAACAUGAAGACUCUGAGCAUCACUGCAGGACUGCUGCUCGUGCUGCUGGCUGUUCACUGCUGCGACGCCUCAGCUCGUUUCGUUUGCUGUUUUAAGUUCUUUGAAAAAAGGAUCCCAAAGAUGCACGUCCUCUCCAUCAGCAAGACCAACAGCAGAUGCUCUACAGAGGCUUUCGUGAUCAGGACACCCAGAGGGGAUUACUGUGUGAGACAGACAGUGGAGUGGGCACAACGAGAAUUUAUCAAACAGCGCAGCACGUCAUGAAUCCACUGUGACGGACGCCACGAGCAGAAACGCAUCAGUCACUCCAUAAAGUUGUUUUAUAAAUUCGAAGCAUUGCAGAAGUUUUAACCUCUCCGUACUUUACCUGCUCAAUUACUGUUACUGUUACUGUACUGAGGAUACUUUUAUU